AUGCCACAUGUUUCGCACAGAGACAUGUUUCUCAGGUCUGGCAGUGGUGCUUAUGCAACGCUUGCCACCGCCGGCCGUCUCCCCACCGUCCAAGUCUGCAAGACAGACCAGAAGUUGCGUGUGGGUGAGCUCAGUCUCCGCGGGGAUAUCUUGGCCUUGGCUGUCGUGCCUGCCUCUCAUGGCAAUGCUCGCCGCGCCCUGGAGGCCCCCGCAGUGACGGCGACGUCAGUCUCCUGUAGCCAGUCGCGGCCUAUGUCCCUCUGUCGCAUCCGUCCCGUUCGGCAAUUAGUGUUUCAAAUGUCUCUUUCCACCGUGUUUUGGUGCGACCAGACUUGGCAAGAGGAUGUUUAA